UACUUAAAUUAAGAUAGGCUGAAGGGUAAUUCAGUUGGGUGAUCAAUAUUAAAUAUCCUUUCCAAGAGGGUGCUUUUUUAUGGUAUAAUAUAACUAAUACUAUAAAAUAUCAUGCCAGUCAGCAAAGGAUAUCUAUGAGUGUGAUGCACAGCUUUGUCUGUCCUCACUUAACAGUGUUAUUGAUAGAUAACUUGGAUAAAAUUGAUCUAACAGUUUUUAGACAGCAUAAAACCAAGAUGAAUAGCCCCAUACUAAAUGGGACUAUUUUAAAAUCAGGAUUUUAAAAGAUUUCAACAGGCUGUCACUGAAACAAACUUAGCCAAAAGAAAAUUAGACAAGGAUAUUCAAAGUCUUACCCUGUGUCUAGAAAAUAAUUUUACAGAAUCAGGGAAAGAGUGCUUAGAAUUUUAGUUGCCUCUAAGCUCAUUAUGAGUUAACAGUAUAAUAGAGCUGCCAAGACAAAAAGUAAAUAUAAACGUAAGCCAUGAUAGUCUCACACUAUUUAGACUGGCCAAACCACAUGUAGAAAACUAACUAUGUUGAAUGCUGGAUCUCAGAUUUUAAAAGGAUCAUUCAGAAACUGGUGCCAUUCCAAAGAAAGGUGAUCAGGAUGGAAGUAGCUUUCCAAUUGGGAAGCCUUCAAGCAAAACUGGAUGAACGCUUAGUGGGGGAUAUUGUAAAAGGAAUUGAAGUACUGGAUACAACAGCAGUCCUCAAACUGGAGUACACACAAGUUAAUGAAGAUUUUCUAAAUGGGAGACAGCUAUAGUUUCAAGGGAACCAAACUCCACAUCCUCAACUGCUGAAGGACUUCUAGUAAAAUGUUGGAUAGGAGUGGUGAGAAAGGACAUCCUUGCCUUGUUCCCAAACUUAGGGAGAACUCAUUCAGUCCCUCACUAAGUAUCAUAACAAUAUUUGUUUUUCAGCUUCCCUAUGACUCUAUUUAGCAACCUUUACUAAAAGGAACACAAUCUGUCAUUGACUACUUUGAAGAUACAUACAUUAGGCACCUAAAAUCAACAAGAGCGGAGAGAUCCAAAAUGUGGUGCUUUUUCAAAGUGUUGUCUUUCAUCCUAAUUUUUGGAACUACUCAUGGUGCCUUUCGAUAUCGAAGAUCUGUGAACCCUGAAGCAAAUAUGAAUAUUAGCCAAAUUAUUUCCUACUGGGGCUACCCAGAUGAAGAGUAUGAUAUUGUAACCGAAGAUGGUUAUAUCCUUGGCCUUUAUAGAAUUCCUUAUGGGAAGAUAAACAAUGAUAACAAUUCAGUUCAGAGGCUUGUUGUAUACUUGCAACAUGGUUUGCUGACAUCUGCCAUCAGCUGGAUUUCCAAUCUUCCUAGCAACAGCCUGGGCUUCAUUUUGGCAGAUGCUGGUUAUGAUGUGUGGAUGGGGAACAGUAGAGGGACUACCUGGUCCAGGAAACACUUGUACCUAAAAACAGAUUCCAAAGAAUUCUGGGCUUUCAGUUUUGAUGAGAUGGCUAAAUAUGACCUUCCAGCCUCCAUCGAUUUCAUUGUGAAGCAAACCGGACAGGAGGAAAUAUUUUAUGUAGGCCAUUCACAGGGCACUACUAUUGGUUUCAUAACAUUUUCCACAAUGCCAAAGAUAGCUGAAAGAAUCAAAAUAUUUUUUGCUUUAGCACCGGUUUUUUCCAUUAAAUACUCAAAAAGUGCUUUAAUUAAAAUGGCAUACAAGUUGAAGUCAGUGAUCAAGGCUUUUUCUGGCAACAAAGACUUCUUAGCUAAUACAUCAUUUAAUAGAUUUGUUGGGUUGGAGCUGUGUUCCCUAAAGAUUUUUGAUAAUAUCUGCAAUGAUAUCUUGUUUAUGAUGACUGGAUAUGAUCUGAAGAAUUUAAAUAUGAGUCGUGUGGAUGUAUAUAUGUCACAUAACCCAGCAGGAACAUCUGUUCAAAAUAUGCUCCACUGGAGUCAGCUUUUUAAUUCUAGUCACUUGAAAGCUUUUGACUGGGGCAGUCCUGUUCUGAACUUCCUUCAUUUUAAUCAGACAACUUCUCCAUUGUACAAUGUGACAAAAAUGAACGUGUCAACUGCAAUUUGGAAUGGUGAAAGUGACUUGUUGGCUGAUCCUGAAGAUGUUAAAAUUUUACUUUCUAAAAUCACAAACCGUAUUUACCAUAAAUCUAUUUCUUACUACAAUCAUAUAGACUUUUUGUUUGGAUUAGAUGUAUAUCAUCAAGUUUAUCAUGAAAUCAUUGAUAUCAUCAAAGGCCAUCUAUAAAAGAACCAUGGGACUCUGUUGAAGGAUCUAUAUAAUUUCUAUUAAAAUCCAAUUUUUU